AAGUAACAACGUCAGGGAUCCACAUUUCGAGGCAGAAGAAUACACAUCCAGUGCGAGGUGUGGCCCAAAGUGAGGAUUGAAUAGGGAACGUGUGCCCGCGCGGAGCACAAAAGGUCAUUCAGAUCGAGCCUUGUCGUGCCUCGGAAGGAUGAGUGCUAUUUAUCCUCAAUCAUCUCGAGUGGCCGCGUCCCACCGCGUCCCAGGCCGAGUCGCAGGGUCAUGGAUGAAAAAGCGAUCGAUCAUUGUGGAGGACUCUUAGUUGUUCCUCCCUUUCAACUGUCGGGUCCACAGUUCCGCUCACCUCUCGCAAACCAUGUCCAAUCUCCUCCAUUCUGCUCUGCACUCCUCGACCAAUCUGAGCGCUCUCAGCGGCUGGCCUGGGCCUCAUGGCGGUCCGGACACACCACCCGUACCAUACUCGCGCCCGACUACCCCAGGCGGCACCGUCGGCAGCGCCUUUCCCGUGCAAAUCGGCUUCGUCGGACUCGGUGCCAUGGGUGGAUUCAUGGCCCAAAACCUGGCGAACCACCGUGCCGCACACGUCCACGGGUCUCCCCCCAUCCUCGUCUGGAACCGCACGCAGUCCAAGGCCGACGCGAUCUUCACCGAGUUGGGUCAGCACAAGAUACGCGUGGCGACCUCGAUUGAACAGAUUGCUGCCGAGUGUGACAUCAUCUUUACUGCGCUCAAGAGCGACGAGGUGGUCAAAGACAUCUAUGGGCAGUUGGUCAAGGCUCUGAAGGCGUCCCCUCCCGCACGAAACAAGAUUUUCGUGGAGACAAGCACAAUAUAUCCCACAUUGGCUGGCGAACUCGACUCCCUUGUCUCCUCUGUCCCGCAUUGCCGUCUGAUCGCGUGCCCGACGUUCGGUACCCCGCAUGUCGCCCAGUCCGCACAGCUGCUCAUUUUGAUGUCGGGCGAUUACCGGUCCAAGAAGGAAGUCGCGUACAUGAUGGUCCCCGCUGUGGCACGCAAAGUCAUCGAUCUCGGAGGCAACAUUGAGAAGGCUGCCACUUUCAAGCUCAUUGGAAACGCCAUGGUUCUGGGCACAUUAGAGAUCCUCGCUGAAUCUUACACGUUGGCGGAAAAGUCGGGCAUCCCUGCCUCUGAGGUGCAUGCCCUCGUGCGCGGUGAGUUUGCUGCUGUCUCCGUUGCCUGAUCUCACGACUUCCCAGAUAUAUUCCCUGCCCCGAGGCAAGCUACAUUGCUCGAACGACGCGCCUUCUAACCUUUCCUCUCAGCAUCUUGCGGUACUCCGAACGAAUGUCGACAGAUCGGUACGAUGGCACGACGGGUUUUGCAGUGGAUGGUGGAAUCACGGAUGCCUCGUCAGUCUUCCAUAAGCUUUUCCUGACCUGACCCCUGACGAGACUUUCCAGCCACAUUCGCCGUCUUACGGCUGUGCGUGACUCUCCGAUGCCGAGUGUAGAUCUGGCGCAUCAGCACCUGAUCACCGCGCGGGCGAUUCACGACAGCCAUGUCCGGGACGGGACGCAGAUCGUAGAUGUGCUGGACGUCAGCGGGAUCAUCGCGGCGACGAGGGUGGCCGCUGGUUUAGACGCGUUCAACAGUAAGAAGAACUCUGGUGUCGUCGAAGAAGACUGAGCCGUCAUGUCACCCCAACUGUAAUGCUGUAAUAGAUUGUGUGGCAUCUCUAGAGCUCGAGAUCCGCGACGACACCUAAUCCCCCCUCUAAUCCAGUUUCAUUGGGUGCCAAGGAUAGGAGAUUCGCGAGACUACCUACACCAACCUCGACAACAUGUGUUGUUGUUUCUCGACGACACUUGGCCUGCCAUCUGACGUGCAUUGCACUAUCACGGCCCUGUUCUCGGUACCCCAGGUCGGUGCAACCAAUCCGAUGCUCCGUGUAGGAACGACACGGGCGCACGGCACCCUAGAUGUUCAUGAGCGCUGUUCUCGGGUCCAAUACAGUUGUUCAUCUUCCGCAUUGACAUCGAUUGCACUCAUCGAUUGAGGUGUUGGGGCUAUAGGCUAGAUUUGCGUCUCAUCGUGUACAACAACCUCCACGCGCAAACCCUAGUCACACAUGCACGUCUUGAGUGAGGCGUUCGGGUUCACUACGAGUAUCAGCUCUAACCAGGGAUUGUCAUCAUCUUUGCUUUGGCGCAAUCUGAGUUGGACUACUCCAGACUCGGGGCUGGAGCCUCUGCGAUUCUGAAAGCGUACAUAGUAGCACGUACUCUCUAUCGGCGAAUCACCGUGAGAUAAUAUAUUCCCUGAUGCACACACACACAGUGCCUGACAACUUAAUCCUAUCCAGUCGUGGAUCAGUCGUGUCGCUCAAUCCAAAUCCAGCUCAAUGCAGACCACACCAUGGCAAGGACGCCCCAUGAUUCAUGGAAGCUCGUACUCUUUGGCGCAUCCUGGGCCGCCCUGACAGCGUGUGAUGUACCAGUUCGUGUGCGUCCUCAUGUCCCAGCUCUUCUUAAACAACGUCGUCAUGUACUUGCUCUCCAAAGUCAACUCGUUCUUCCACCACCUCCGGCGCGCUCUAGGCAUGGAACCGCUCCUGCAGCCCACCAACAUCCACGUCAGCUUGGCCUUCAUGCUGUUCCCACCCGCAUCGUCGGCAGCGUUUGAGGCAUACUCGUCGGAAAACCUUCUGAACUAUCUGAUCGGCCAUGGCGAAGACCGCCGUGCCAUCCGCGUCACUAGGGUCGAACUCUACGAGCGAACCACCGCGCCCAUGCACGAGUUCAUCGUGUGCCACUACGUCGACGUCCAAGAGGGAGAACCACGCUCUCUGCACAAUCUUCUCCUCCUUGACCGCCAUGGCGGCGGUCGGGGCGAUGACACAGCACCUCCAUCCCGUCAUGUAAUCUCCGUCAAGCCUGGGGACGCGUCGCGAUUUCUUGGAGCGCAGAGCACGCUCAAACCUGAAGAACGCACGACCGAGCGUUCUGCCCAAGCAUCGACUGCAGGCUACUGGAAACGCGAACGACCCUACUGCUGAGCCCCGACUCCGCUCUACUGCCCACGGCCCAGGAGCCACGGUCUUCAACAGCAUGGUCAGUGCCGCCGAAAUCGUGGCUGCCAGCAGCGGGAAGAGGAUCCGGAGUAAAGCUAUAGACCGCGCGCUCAUUUCGGUCUCGAGGGACAAGACGCAAAUCCAAGCCAUGCAAGGUGGCCCGGUGAAACUGCUUGCAUGGUUCGAUGUCCCGUCCUCGAACCGCAUCUCAUUGUUCCAGGUGCUUGCAGCGGCUCAGUUCAUCACGACCCACUCCCCCGACUACCAUCUGUUCCUUUCUUGCUGCUAUUACUAUGCACGCACUCUCUUUGCCAUCUUGGCCAACCGGACCAACCGGCUGGAGAACCACAUUGGCACCAUCCCUAGUGCGACUAUCCUCAAGGUUAAUCCUCUGGACUGGGACACAACACACACAGUCGAAGUGGAAGGUGGCACUGAGCCCCAUGGUCCAGCAGCGGUGGCCGAGGAGCCCAGCUCCAGUGGUGAGGCUAUGACUUUUAGCUCAAAUGCAGCCGCACAGGUCAUCCGGCCAUUUGCCAGCUUGACAAAGGCUCAAAUGCGAGGUCUUGUCAAGGAGCGCUUUUCGGCCCAGAACAUGGGGCAGCUAUUCGAGGAGUACUAUGAGAGUCUCAAGAAACGGGCUGAUGAAUGCCGCGAUAAUCUUGUGGCCCCAUUGCGUGCUGAGACUACUGCUCGCCAGACUGAGGCUGCAGCUCGCCAGGCUGCAGAGGCCGAGGCUGCUCGAGAGGCUGCAGGUCGUCAGGCUGCAGAGGCUAAGGCUGCUCAAGAGGCUGAGGCUCGCCAGGCUGCAGAGGCUAAGGCGGAGGCUGCAGAGGCAAAGAUUGCACAACUCGAGGCAAUGUUGCGUGCCCAGCAGAACUGACAAUAAUUUUGCCUACAAUUUAACUGAUUGUAACUUCAAUAUGUGAUUCUGUGUUGCACUAGUAGUAUCUUCCAUGGCUGAGAUCAUACACUGGUUGACCGAGAAAGCAAGUUUGUGGUCUUCAUUGAAGCGUUGUUUGACCACUUCAUGUUUGCGUCGCAUUGCAUCUGUCCGUGAACCUCUCUUGCCUUAAACGUCGAUGGCCAAAGGAAAGAACUUGAAUCCUGCCGAUGCCCAUCGCAAGGCACUGCGAAAGAAGGAGCUAAAGAAGGCGAGCCUAUUCAACAAAGCUGAGCGUUCGAAGACGAGGGAUCUCGCUAUUGUCAAGAAGGACACGACCGAUUUGGCCGCCGAAGUCGAGCGCCUGGAGUUCGCGACCGACCCCAAAGACAAGGCGCGUUACAAGGACGCCAAGGCAGAGCUCGACCGCAUCUACGCGAAGAAGGAGGAAUAUCUGAAGGAGCAUCCGGAGCACCGCAGACUCGUGUACAAGGGGAAGAAGGACGACAGCCAGCCAGAUGUCCCGGUCAAGCUGUCGACCAGGAACUACUUUGACAAGCACGGACUGCCGCGGCACCCCGAGCGCAGUGUCUACUAUGAUCCUGUGAUGAAUCCGUUUGGUGUCGCGCCGCCGGGGAUGCCCUACCAAGAGCGACCGCCGCUUCCGGGUGAGGUUUACAGUGACGCGUCCGAGGACGAAGACGACGACGACGACGUGGCCAUGCCAGAUGGCCCACCGCCUGAUGACGAGGAGAGCGACGACGACGACAUUCCGAUGCCGGAAGGACCCCCGCCGAAUCAGUCAGUGCUCCCGAUGCCUGCUGGACCGUCGCCAGCAUAUCAAGUACCUCCCCCGCCAGGUUUCCCACCCAACAUGCUUCCUGUGCGACCUCCCCCUCCUCCGCCUGGCUUCCCAGGCCCCCCGCCGAUGAAUUUCCAUCCGUUUCCUGGACAUGCACUUCCCCCUCCGCCUCCGGGAUUCUUCCCUGGAGCACCCAUGCCAAUCCCGCUUCCUCCUCGAGCGUCUCUCCCUCAAAAACCGAUACCGAUGGCAUCUGUCCCAGCUGCGGCAGCCUCUCUGCCCGCAAAACCCGUGGAUGCAAUAGCGAGUGCGAAUCUGAUGGCUGCGACCGUGUUCGCGGCCCCCGAGCUGCGCGACUUCAAGAAGGAGGCGACGACGUUCGUCCCGGCGAAUGUUCGCAAGAAGACUGCUGCCGCCGCUUCUGCCGCCGCCGCCGCCGGACCCGCGUCCAAAAUCAAUGCAGCUCCGACUGUGGCACCAACAGCGGCUCCUAGUCUGCCGGAUAACAGUGUUGUGGAGGGCAGCAGCAGCAGCAGCAGCCUUCCUGCACGACCGGACCUCUUGAGCUCUCUCAAAGGGAAGUUCGGCCUGCCCCCUCCUCCGGCGAAGCCUGUCAAACCCAAGGAUGAUUAUGAGAAGUUUGUAGAUUCGGUGUCGGAUAUAUUAGGCCCGAGAUGAAAUGAGCCAUCUUUCGGCUGAAACGAUGGGGUGACUUCGUUGGACGCAUCGUUUAUUCUUGAGCAUGGUCGCGCUGCUUGGGCCUGAGAUCUCAACACGUUAUCGCGUUGGCUCUUGCAGUAGCGACUCUUGGUUUACAUGGGGAAUCAGAUCGGGUUGCCAGACUCAUGCCCAUCUCUGCUAUGGUGCACGUGCCCUUGUCACUGCCACUUUGUGACAGGACCGGAAUCUGGUCAGAAAAUUUGCAAAAAUAAAAUGGUCGGGAAAGCAUCAGAAAUGGUUCAGAUCGAGUGCAGAUCAAGUGGAAAGACACAUUUUAUGCAUAGAAGCCUGAAAGAGGUCAUAUUUGUCAGCAAAAGUGGUGACUUUGGCGUGACUUCUAGUCACAUAACGUGACAUAACGUGACAGAACCGGAAUCGGGGUGUCAAUCAAAACAUCAAUUCC